AUGCUAGGGAGCUGUGGCUUUGGCUUUGGCUCAGGCUUUGGCAAAGGAAGGGGAUUUGGGAUGAGGGGGAGAGGGGGUGUGGCGUUGGCUGUGUCGAGGGGGGUCUCUUUUUCUUCUUCUUCGUCUUCGAGGUUGGGUGGGGAUGGGGAUGGGGGGUUGGAAAAUUUAAAAGGAAAGGGAGAUAGAGGAAAGGGAGAUGAAGAAGGAGAUGGAGAUGGAAAAGCAAAGAGAGAAAAAGAAUACCCGUUUAAAAAUAAAACGAUACUGGUAACAGGUGCGUCGCGUGGGAUUGGAAAGGCGAUAGCGAAGAGGUUUGGGGAGUUGGGAGGGAGAUUGGUGGUGGUGGGGAGGAAGAGGGAGGGUUUGGAGGAAUUGGGGAGGGAAUUUGGGGGUGAGGGGGAGGGGAAGUUGGAGGGGGGAGGGAGAGGGAGAUUGAGAUGGAGAUUGUUUGUGGGGAUGUAG